AUGCUGCUGCCGCUCCUCCCGGCGCUCUUGGCCGCCUUCGCGCCGUCCCUUCCCUGCCGAGGCUGGUCUCCCUCGGCUGCUUCGGACCGGGGGCGGAAGGAGCUGCCGCUGCCGCCUCUCAACUCCUCUGCCGCUCCCCGCUCCGCGCCAAAGACCUUCGCGGCCCGGGGCGCCCUAGUCACGGACUUCCAAGAAGAAAGGCGGGAAGCGGCGCCCGAGACGGCGGAGCCCCGCGCCACCAGUACGCCCGCGGCGGCGGCGGCCCCUUCGCCUGGGCCGCCCCGCCCCGCGCCUCAGCAGCAGCAGCAGCAGCAGCUCCGCGAGGACCCGCCGUGCAACAUCAGCGUGCAGCGCCAGAUGCUGAGCUCGCUGCUGGUGCGCUGGAGCCCGCUGGCCUUCCAGUGCGACCUCGUGCUCUUUUCCACCAGCGGCCCCCGCGGGCGCGCCUUUUUCUCGGCCGCCUUCCACCGCGUCGGGCCGCCGCCGCUGCUCAUCGAGCACGUCGGGCUGGCGGCCGGCGGCGUCCAGCAAGACCUGCGCCUUUGCGUGGGCUGCAGCUGGGCGCUGGGCAGGCGCGUCGGCCGCCUCCGCCCGGGGGGCUCCAACCCACCCUCCUCGUCGUCCUCCUCCGCUGCCCUCUUCUCCUCCUUGCCCGCGUCGGAUCACGGACAGCCCUGGCAGCAAGGGGAGCGGCUCCAUUUCUGCUGCCUGGAUUUCAGCUUGGAGGAGCUCAAAGGGGACCCCGGCUGGAGGAUGAACCGAAAACCCAUCGAGUCCACCUUGGUGGCUUGCUUCAUGACUCUGGUCAUCAUCGUGUGGAGCGUGGCCGCCCUCAUCUGGCCGGUGCCCAUAAUCGCCGGCUUCUUACCCAACGGCAUGGAGCAGAGGAGGAGCGCCGCCACCUCGGGAAGCACAUCUGGAACAGCUGCAGCCGCCAAAUGA